CGCUAUAGAUCUACAACUAGCUCAAUACGAGCGAGAGAUGGAUGAACACACUGCCUUGGUUGCUACCAACAAACUACAAUUGGACAAGCUCUCUACGCAGCUUGAAGAAGCAACCAUUGAGCACAAUAAACCCACGAUACUAGAGGCACUUGGAGGAGUGACAGAGAAAACGUGGACCUCAACAAUGGCCUUAUUUGAUGCUGAAUAUAAGGACUCAAUGGAGGCUUUAAGAGCAAAGCAGGACAAGGACAAGCAACACAUUGAGCAACUCACUGCUGAGCGUCUCAAACUAAUCAACAUACUUGAGGACAUGCAGACAGUUGUCCAGAACAAUGAGGAGUGA